UUUCGCAACAUUUCCUCGCCGUUACCCGCAUAAUUUCCUCGAGCCGCCGAGCCCGGUGGAACCGGGUGUGAAGUGGAAGCCCAGCGACCGAAGCCGAGGAGGCGACGCACUCGUCUCGACGCAACGGCGGGUGCGGUGCCUUGUGCGCCGUGACAGCGACAUUCUUUACCUGCCCAACCCCAACCCCAACCCUCUCCUCUCCGCCCACGCCUCGCCCUCGCGCUCUCGCUCUCGCUCUCGCUCGCGCACAUCACAUGCGCCUCCUCCCGUUAUAAGGAGAGCCCCGCGCCAUUGGCCGCCCCACUCACCCUGCCAUGGACGGGUAGAAAGGUACAGUGGCGGCGCCGACACGCGGUGGAGGAGGAGGCGGCGGCGGCGGCGGCGAUGGGGCUGCUGUCGAACAGGGUGGAGCGGUCGGAGAUCAGGCCGGGGGAUCACAUCUACACAUGGAGGGCGGUGUACGCCUACUCCCACCACGGCAUUUAUGUUGGAGGAAGUAAAGUGGUUCAUUUUACUCGAAAGAAAGAAGCAGAAGGAUCAGAUUCAUCCAAUUCCACCUCCAGCCUAUUAUUAGAGCCUUCAUCAGAGUGCCCAACGUUCCCAGAUUGUGGGUUUCAGCUGCCUGAUAGUGGUGUCGUCCUCACCUGCUUGGAUUGCUUCCUUCGGAAUGGCUCUCUAUACUGCUUCGAGUACGGAGUGCCAUCAGCCGUUUUCCUUGCAAAGCUGCGUGGGGGAACCUGCACCAUUGCCCAAUCAGAUCCAUCAGAAGUUGUGGUACACAGAGCCAUGUACUUACUUCAAAAUGGCUUUGGAAAUUAUGACAUAUUUGAGAACAAUUGCGAGGACUUUGCACUCUACUGCAAAACUGGGCUUCUUCCUGUUGAGGAACCUGGCAUUGGAACAAGUGGGCAAGCAUCUUCCGCCAUUGGAGUGCCAUUGGCAGCUCUUCUGUCCACUCCACUUAAGCUUUUUGCUGCUGGUCCACUUGGAAUGGCCACUGUCACAGCUGGGAUGUACUGUGCUGGUAGAUACAUCACUGACAUAGGAGUAAGAAAGGAUGUGGCGAAAAUUGAAGUGGAGAAUUUAUCAUCACACCUUGGUAGACGCCUGAUUGAAGAUGAAGGAUCAGUGAACGUACGGUCAGAGAAACCGAAAACCUUGCUGCCUAUGAAGAGAAAGCGUGAGAGGUGAUGGCGACUAUAUACCGCUCUUCGUCGAUAAUUGGUUCAGAACUGUGCAUAAUUUAAACUUUACUCUUCGCCAUAAUAAGUUUGAUAUAGAUAUGUACCUCUGAAGCGUGUUCUGAUUCAGUUAAGACCACACUUCACAUGAUCAAUUGAGCUACAUUCCAAACUGAAUAUGUGAUGGAAAUGUGAUAAUUGAAUCGUUGGAGUCAAAAGUAGAUACUUACUGUUCUUUGAAUAUGAUACCUCACAUUCUAGUGCUUUUAUUUUCUGUUUAUUUUCUUUUAUCAAUAUUUUUUCUUACUGGUCACAAUAUAAUGUAAUAAGUUUCAGUAGUGGUGAAGACUUCUUUUGUAUGGGCUGUUUUCUCUAUGAUGAAAUCCAUAGACUGAAUAGUGCAGAGAGACAAGGCAGACUGUCGGCAUGGCAUUGUUUGCUUUCAUUUUCAUCAGGUAUAAUGUACCGGUAGAUCCUCCCUCCAAACCUGAUCAUUGUAAAAUGACAGCUUGUCAGGACUCCACCAUAUGUAUCCAUCCAAGGAAACUUCGUA